CGUGUGUGGUGUCUGCUGCGUGAUAAUGGUUGUGCCCAUCUGCAUCUCGCGGUGAAGAUGAGGAGCCAUGGGAGACAUCAUCAUCAUCAUCAUAAUAAUGUCGGAGCCUGUGACGCUGAACGUGGGCGGACACCUUUACAGCACGUCGCGCGCCACGCUCACGCGCUACUCGGAUUCCAUGCUGGGCGCCAUGUUCAGCGGGGACCUGCCAACGGCGAGAGACGCGCAGGGACACUACUUCAUCGACCGCGACGGGCCGCUCUUCCGCUACGUGCUCAACUUCCUGCGCACUUCAGAACUCACCCUCCCGCAGGACUUCAAGGAGAUUGAUCUCCUACGAAAGGACUUUUAUCAAAUAGAGCCGCUCAUUCAAUGCCUCAAUGAGCCAAAGCCCCUUUACGCGUUGGAUACUUACGAGGAGACAGUGGAGCUGGCAAGCACUCGCAAGCUAAGCAAGUACUCGAACCCAGUGACGGUGAUCAUUACACAGCUCACCAUCACAACCAAGGUGUUUGCACUGCUCCAGAGUAUCGCUGGAAACUUCACGCGCUGGAACAAGCACAUGAUGGAUACGCGUGACACGCAAAUGUCUUUCACGUUUGGGCCGUGUGAUUAUACGCAAGAAGUGUCGCUGCGCGUGCACCUGUGGGAGUACAUUGCACGCCAGGGGUUUUCUCUGAGAUGCUCCCGCGUGCACCACAUGAGUGAGCGUGCCAAUGAGGAGACAGUCGAGCACAACUGGAGCUUUUGCCGCCUGGCGCGGAAGACCGACGAUUGA